AUGCAGAAGUGGUCAACAAUGCAAGCUGCAACCACGCUCGUGGCCCGCGUCCUUGGCCGCCGCAUGGCGUCGCCGCUGGCGCCGCGCCGCUUCCAGAUGCUCUCGACGGCGCCGUGUUGUGACCGCGUCAAAGCGCACGCCCACACGGACCAAAAGUGCUGGAACUGCGGCAAGCCCAACGACUGCUGCGUCUUCUUCUGCGGCACGUGCAACCACAUCCAGCCGCUGAAUCCGAGCGGCGCAUGCAACUACUUCAAGAUCUUUGGCAUUCCCGAGAACUUCUCGAUCGAUCCCAAGGCCGUCGAGCAGCUCUAUUGGAGUCUCCAGAAGAAGAUGCACCCGGAUCUGUAUGGCCACAAGUCGGAGACGGAAAAGGAGCUCUCGGUCACCAACUCGGCUGUGAUCAACACGGCGUACAACAUGCUCAAAGCGCCGACAACCCGCGCCAACUACCUCCUGCAUCUCCACGGAAUCGACGCCCUUGGCGACAACACCACGCUCAUGGACCCAGCGAUCCUGAUGCACAUUAUGGAAGCCCGCGAGCAAGUCGACGACUGCACGUCCGUCGAUGAGCUCGAGCCGCUGAAGAAGGCGAAUGCGACCGACAUUGAGGCGUGCGUCGUGCAGAUCACGUCGGCUUUUGACGGGUCGCAUGACCUCGAGUCCUCCAAGCGCCUCACCGUGCAGCUGCAGUACCUCAUGAAGCUCGCGGAAGCGAUCGUCGACAAGGAAGAGGAGCUCGAAGGCUAG